GCUGAAACUCAGGAGGCGCGCGUGCGUAGUUGGGAACGGGGCGGUAGUUGGUGGUGUCGCUGGACGAGAUCAGAGAUGGACAGAAUGUCACUGGCUGUUUAUUGUGGGAUCUGCUGUAGAAAGAUAGGAACUUUUCGGUCAGCCACUAAAUCAGACAAAUCCUGGAAAGAUAUCAGGAAAAUUGCAAAGAUAACUGGCUCACUUAUUUUAGGGGGUUGUGUCUUUGCUGCAUAUGAACUUCUUACUUUAAAGAGGUUACUCUCAUUUGAUACCCAAGUAGUACAGCAAGAAAAACUGAAGUCCUAUAUUUAUUUGCAAACUGCUUCUUUGGAUCCAAAUGAGUAUCAGGGGUUUACGUAUCAAGUGAGAAAGGAACUUCACAGAGCAGCAAGGAAAAUACUAGAAACAAAUGCUAAAAUUUUCCGGUGGCCCUUUCAAGACUCUGUCAGUCCAUUUGAUGCAGAAGAGUAUGAGAGUGCCCUGUGGCUCCUUCUGAAAAGAAGCCAGUCAGAAGACAAAACGGUCCGAAUGCAAGCUGUACAGGAUCUGGCCUCCAAUCAUUUCUGGCGAGAUUAUCAGUAUAGGGCAGCUGCCCAGGUUAGUGAUCAGAGAACUGCAAUUGGCUUAGCACGAUGUAAAGAUGUUGACCUGCGAUUUUUCCUGCCACCACCUCCUUUACCAAAGUCAAAAGAUAUGUGCUGUUUGGAAGAUGAACUCCGAGUGCUGCUGGCAGCCUUACCUCAGACAGAUUUUGACCAGUGUGUACAGUAUUUCACAUCUUUGGCUUUAAGAGAAAGCAGUCAGACCAUUGCUGCACAAAAGGGGGGCUUAUGGUGUUUUGGUGGAAACGGUCUGCCUUAUUGUGAAAGUCUCAGUGCUGUUCCUGCUGACACAGUAGAACUCUUUUGUUUGCAAGCUUUAGUACAACAUUCCAAGAUUCCUACUCAUUGUGAUAAAAUUGAAUCACAUGGUGGGCUUCAACUGCUACAAAAACUAUACCAGCUUCGUAAAGAUUCUGCAAAAAUACAAAGGAACAUAAUUCAUAUAAUUGGAAACAUGGCACUGGAUGAACGACUUCAUUCAUCUAUAUUUCAUGCAGGUUGGGUUUCAGUGUUAGCUGAAGUCAUGAAGUCUCAGCGUAUCAUGGAUUCCUCACAUGCAGCAAGAGCCUUGGCCAACCUAGACAGGGAAACGGUACAUGAGAAGUAUCCAGAUGGAGUGUAUCUUCUGCAUCCAGAAUUUCGAAGCAGUGAGCCUAUUAAAGCUGAUGUCCUUUUCGUUCACGGUCUUUUGGGGGCAGCAUUUAAAACUUGGCGGCAACAGGACAUUGAGCAAUCUGCAGAGGAGAAGGAAUUGGAUGCAGAAGAUGACUACAGUGAAUGUUGGCCAAAGACAUGGUUAGCAUCGGACUGUCCUAUGCUUAGAAUUAUAUCUGUGGAGUAUGACACCCACCUGAGUGACUGGAGAGCAAAAUGUCCUGUGGAGAGCUACAGGGAAUCUAUUGCCUACAGGAGUUCUGAACUUCUCAAGAAACUAAGAGCUGCUGGUAUUGGAGAAAGGCCUCUUAUAUGGAUGUCACACAGCAUGGGGGGUCUUCUAGUCAAGAAGAUGCUCCUGGAUGCUUCCAAGGACCCAAAAAUGGAUUCCAUUGUAAACAACACCCGGGGAAUUGUAUUUUAUAGUGUACCUCAUCAUGGGUCCCAGUUGGCUGAAUAUUCAAUAAAUGUUAGAUUUCUGCUGUUUCCUUCUGUGGAAGUUAAGGAACUCAGCAAAGAUUCUCCUGCACUUAAAGCCUUGAAUGAUGAAUUUCUCUCAUUUGCAAAGGAGAAUAAGUUUCCUGUAUUAAGUUUUGCAGAAACAUUACCAACACGAGUUGGCAGAAUGCUGAGCCUGCAUGUGGUACCUGUGGAAUCUGCAGAUUUAGGCAUAGGAGAACUCAUUCCAGUAGAAGUUAGCCACCUGAAUAUCUGCAAGCCAAAGAACAAGGAUUCGUUCCUCUACCAGCAAACCCUAAAGUUUAUUCAAGAAACUUUAACACGAGAUCUGAGAAACUGAUGAAUUACUACAACACAUGGCUUAUUUCUUUGUGAUAUCUCAUGUAAUUCCCACAGACACCUGUGCUGAAACUGUGCUUGUAGGGCUACAGAGGUACAGCAAUGGGUUUUAUUCGGUCUUAUUCAUCUCAUAACUGCAGGUGUUGGGAGUAUGCUUAUAACAUGAAAAUGCGUAAAUGUCCAGUGCCAUACAUGUCAAAGAGAAAGUCAUCACAACUCUUUAUUGUCUUCCAUGCUCUUGUGUACCUGGGAAUGUAGUAGAGGGGAGGAAUCUCUUUUAAAACUUGCCAAGAAACACUUCCUGGCCAAUUGGAAACCCUGAAAUGCCCUUUUAGCCUAGGAAAGUCCUCAGGGAUGCUGCCAUGCUCUUCCUGUAACAAUACUGCCAGCCGCAGGCAGUUGUUGAAAGGUGAGCGUGGGAUAAAACUUCCCACAUAUAUGCACCAUGUGGAUCUAAUACACUAGAAUGUAGCAUCUGACCAAACCCUGUUCCUGUAUAGGAGCACUUCAGGAUUAAAAAUACUGUGCUAUCUUAUGUCAAAAUGUGCCAUAAACCAAAUGUUGAUGUUUGGGAUGAAAGCUACGUCUUCUCUAAAAAGCUCUAGAAUAAAAACCUCUAAAAGCUCCAGUAGCAUUGUGUUAGUAUGCAGGAAUAUAGCACAAUCCCAAAAUUAAUCCUCACUUCAGAUAUCACUUCAAGUUGUGGAUAGUGGUACUAAGCAAGGGUUGUUUUCAAAACAAGAAACCAAGCAAAUUAUGCUUUAAAAAUCCCCAUUUUUUGUUUCUAUCUUUAUAAUUUCCUCAGCUGUGGGUGCAGUAACUUUUGAAGCAAAACAAAAUAACCAAAACUCUGGUUUGUCAAUCCAGUGUCGUGUCAAACCAAAGAUAGCAUAAACCUAUUUCCCUGGCCAGCUGGCUGACUGAACUCCAUGGUUUUUCCAUUCAGACAUUACACCAAAUGAUAGUUUUUCCUUAGCUCUAGUUUGCAUAAUACCUGCAUUGAGCCAGUCUAUUUAACAGGAAUGUUAAAGAUAUCAAAAGUGAGAUUUAAAAAUUAAUGUCAAACAAGCCCUAUGUUGAUCUUUAACCUGUUACUGUAUUCCCUUGUUUCAAAAUGUUAUGUUUAUGCGUAAAGUUGAUGAAGCUGUUACAUAACCCUACAAAGCAUGUAAGUUUAUAAACUGCUCUAGUUUAUUAUUGUAAUAUUAUUUAUGAAACAGUGAGCUGUCCAGUGCAGUAUGGAUGGUUUUAAAAUAAAACUGGAAAAGUCUUAAUGUGAGAGGAGCUACUAAAUGUGGCAUGUUUGAUAACAGCAGAAGGCUUAAAAAUGGAUUCAUUCAUGCAAACUGAUUUGGGCAAAUGCUGAACAUUAGUAAUGUGAGCUAGACCUCAGCUGCAGUGGGUUAGUGUGCCUUGAUGAGACAAGGUUAUGAAGUUUUGCACAAGUAUAAAUCCCCCCAUUAUUGUUGUAACAGUAAGUAUAAAAAUAUUUAAAAGAAGAGUUUUCUAUAUUUCUAGCAAUUAAUUUCAUAAAUGUGUACAACUGAAUUGGAUCAGCUGUCUUGCUGCGGCUUUGAUUUGUUAAAACUGAGUGACGUGAGCAGAAAUUGAUUACACAGAGGGCACUACUGGAAGGAUUCAUGUUUUAAUGAGGCUGCUCACCAGUCAGCCACCUUUAGGCUAUAAUGACAAAGGCAAGAUAGUACACAUUCAAAUAGAGUAAUAAAAACAACUUUUAUUUGCAAUUUGUAAGUCCACUGAAAUGGGCUUUCCUUCUAAUGCUUUCAUUAUCAUGCAAAUAAGCUGCCACAAAACUGUUAAAUUAUCUUGUUGCAGAGAAUAUUGGCACUAGCAAUAAACCAUUUUUUUAAUUUA